AUGUUAACCAGUGAAAAAGCCCAUUUUUGGUCAGGAGGAAUUUCACGAAGUACGUCUGAAGGAAAUUUGUUUGACAUGGAAGCCCAAAAAGCCUCAAAAAAUAGCAAUAUUACAGAAUGUAUGGACCCAGGUUUGCCUCUCAAUUGGCCCGAUGAUUUCACACUUCAUGGCAAUAGUGCUUCCAAUGCUAUGAAUCCAUUCUGGAGUGAACUGUCCGCAUCUAACCCAUUUUUGGAUGACAUAAUUCAGCUAAGAAAUAACCAGAAAAGAGAUAAUAUUUCCAUGUUGAAGGAAGAUCCUUUUCUUUUUUUUAGAGAAGUAGAAACUGGAAAUUCUUUUGGUUCUUCUGGUGAUGAACUUGACGUGCAUCAGUUGCUUAGGCAGUCUUCCUCAAGGAAAGCUGAAAGAUCUAAUGUUUCAGAACUUUUGGACAUUUUAGAUGACACAGCACAUGCCCAUCAGAAUAUACAUAACUCUGACCAGAUCUUAGAACAAGACUUAGAAUGGCUUCAAAAUGAUCGAGAGGGUUAUAAAAUGGCUUGGUUAAGUCAACAUCACCUGGCCUGCUCCUGCUUAGAUUUGAAUACAAUUAAUCAGAGUCCUGGAUGGGCCCAAACACAAGUUGCAGAGACCACAAUAGUUUGCAAAUUAAACUACCAGGGAGGGUCAGUACAAUUACCUGAAUCAGAUAUCACUGUUCAUGUGCCCCAAGGCCAUGUAGCUGUGGGAGAAUACCAACAGGUAUCUUGAAGGGCUUUUCUAGAUCCUCCACAGAUGCUAAACCAUUAUCUUUCAUGCACUGUAAGCCCACUGUUGGAAAUCAUGUUAGGUAACCUUAACACAAUGGAAGCCAUUUUGCUAGAGAUGAAAAUUGGAGCUGAAGUGAAAGAGGAUCCUUUCAGCCAAGUCAUGACAGAAGUGGUGUGUUUUCACAGCCUGGGUAAAGAAGGCCCUUUUAAAGUAUUAAACAAUUGCUACAUUUAUAAAGACACCAUCCAAGUCAAGCUAGUAGACUUGAGUCAGGCAAUGUAUCUAGUGGUUGCUGCACAAACUAAAGGUACUCAGUCACCAGCUGCCACCAUUUGGGAUUAUAUCCACAAAACCACCUCAGUUGGAAUUUAUGGGCAUAAAUAUAUCCAUCCCAGUUUCACCGCUAUUUUCACAGUUUGUGGACAUAGUUAUAUGCCAGGAAGGCUUACAGUCUCUGAUAUUAAGAAGGGGGGAAACAGCACAUCUCCAGUUGUGUUUCAGCUCUGGGGGAAGCAUUCCUUCUUACUUGAAAAGCCACAAGAUUUAAGUAUUUCUGUCUUUUCAUGUGAUCCUGAUUUUGAAGUAAAGGUAGAAGGAAAAGGGAAAGAAAUUAAACAAAAGCAGUUGCAAUCAGGUCAAGUAGUUCAUCAACAAUUUUUAUUCUCCUUAGUUGACUCCAGAGAAAUGCACUUGUUUGUUUUCCGUGUUCAAGUGGAGCCUCCCAAUGGUAGGCCAGUUACACAGUUCUUUAUUACUGCACCCGAUCCAGCCCCAAACCUAAAAAGCCUCUCAAGUCUGCCAGGUGAUUUGCAGAAGGAGAAGGAAAUCAAGUCUGCUCCUUUAUUACCAACAGUGCGUGUUAAAUAUCCUACAUUUCAAAACAAAAAUUUGAACUUUGCCAACUAUGGGGUAACCCUGAAGACAGUGCUAAGACAAAGCAAGAUUGACUACUUACUUGAAUAUUUCAAAGGGGACACAGUAGCUCUUCUUGGAGAAGGUAAAGUAAAAGCCAUUGGAUGGUCCAAAGUGAAAGAAUGGUAUGUGGGAGUCCUGAGAGGUAGGAUUGGACUUUUACAUUGCAAAAAUGUCAAGGUGAUUGCAAAGGAACAAGUAAUGUCUAUGUCAGAUAAUGUCUUCAAAACCAGGAAUCUUCUUGAACAAAUAACCCUGCCUCUUAAAAAACUGACUUACAUCUACUCAGUUGUAUUGACCUUGGUGUCAGAAAAAGUUUAUGAGUGGAAAGUUUUAGCUGAUGUCCUAGGUUACUCACAUCUGGCACUGGAAGAUUUUGAUCGAAUACAAGCAGACAAAGAAUCAGAAAAAGUUUCUUAUGUUGUAAAGAAGUUAAAGGAAGAUUUUCAUGCAGAUAGAAAUACCAGGAAGUUUAUGAACUUACUGUGGUGAGCUCUGCUGAAGACUGAUUGCCAGGGGUUAGUAGCACAUCUCGUCCAAGAGGCUGCUAGUCUGACUUCAGCUGUCAAGCUUGGAAAAGGCUGGAGGAAACUAGCUGAAAAAUUAGUACGACUCACAAAGCGACAAAUGGAGGCAUAUGAAAUUCCUCACCAAGGAAAAGCUGGAGAUGUUGCUGUAGAGAUGAUGUGGAAACCUGCCUGUGAUUUUCUCUAUACUUGGAGUGCUCACUACGGAAAUAGUUACAGAGAUGUGUUACAAGACCUUCAAUCAGCUUUGGACAGAAUGAAAAACCCUGUGACCAAACAAAGGCGAGACUUAACUGGAGCUUUAAUACUAGUAAAUUCUUUAGAGGUUUUGAGAGCAAUUACAUUCUCCACUUCUGAGGAAGUAUAG